CUCAGCAUGGUACGUUGCUACUGUUAGUUUCAAAGUUCACAUAUGAACUUUUUAUACUACACACAUGGUUUAUGAACAAAGCCUGAAUUAAAGAGGAAUUUAAGGGAAAAUAAGUGACAGGUUUGUGGAUAAAAGCAUAGACAAUGGCAGACAGCAAUGAGAUGACCAUCAACCUUGUUGUCCUUGGAAGAACUCAGACUGGCAAAAGCGCUGCUGGGAACAGCCUGCUGGGCAGCUCAGACUUUGAGAGUCACUGCUCCCCUAGCUCUGUGACUACAUGCUGCAGCCUUGGACGCAGCUGCCGCAUUUUGGGUAUUAUACGAAGAAAUGGCUGUGAGCUAGCUCUCCGUGUUCAAGUACUUGACACUCCAAGCUACCCUCACAGUGGUCUGAGCAAAGAGCAAGUGAGAGACACUGUGAGAUCAGCCCUGGCUCACCACUUCAGGGAGGAAGGCCUACAUCUAGCUCUCUUGGUCCUCAGGGCUGACUUGCCUCUGUGUCCGGAUGAAAGUGAUCAUGCAAUUCAGUUCAUCCAGGAACUUCUGGGUCCCACAUGGAAGGAUUUCACUGCAGUUCUACUUACUCAUGCAGACAAGGCAGAAGAGGCUGGAUUCAGCGAGGAAGCAUACUUGCACAGUGCCUCAAGUACCCUCUUGUCACUUUUGACCUCAGUACAGAAUAAAUACAUUUUCCUAGACAACCAGAAGAGCAUAAUUAAAGAGGAAAGAGAUAUUGUCUUAAGAAAGCUCUUGAACUUUAUCAGACAAAAUAAUUAUCAAGCACUUCCUCUAUUUAAACACAGCAAGGAAUUAAAUUAGUGUUCAGCUGCUCAUUUGAAUAUUUUCUAUGGUAGGCAACAUUUAACAGAAGUAAAAGAGUAGAGUAGAAGCCAUCAACUGAAAAAUUCCACAUCCAUACCAGAUACCUUUAAACACAGAGUUGGAAGUAUCUCUUUAGAUUACCAAACUACUUGCCUUUCAUAGAGUACCUCACACUACUGCAUCCAGAAUUCUAGCUUCAACCAAAAAAAUCAGAACAAGCUAGUGCUCUAAAUCACAGUCCUAAUAUGUAUGUAGUCAGAAAUGAGAUUUUACACUAUACCAGACUGUGUAUUGCAGUUCAUACAGAACACAGAUCUGGAAGGAAAAAAAAAAAAAAAAAAAAAAAAAGGUAAAAAAUGCACAAGAGUUCAGAAAGUAAGGGAGCCUCAUUGCCCAAUUCUUUAAGCUUUCAGAAAUUCCUCUGAAUUCCAAAGAUUGUAAAGAUCUUUGUAGUAUUAAAAGCUAGGAUUUAUCUACUGUAAAAGUAUUUCUUUACCUUGAUUCAGGAUUAGUUAGAAUUGAGAUUUUGAAUUUCAAGAAUUUUGUUUAAUAAGACAUUAUUGAAUUACAAGGCAGAUAAAAUAGCUCCCAUGUGCUAAAUGCUAUUCAGCACAUUUAAAAGAACUAAUUACUAUUGCUUAUUCCCAGAUGCAUGAAAAAUUAAGACAGUUUAUAGGCACAUACAAAACUCAUUCAAAAAAGAAAUCUGUUCAUCUGUUCUUUUGCACCUGUUCCUUUUAAUUUUAUAUCACUGUCAUUUUGCUUUUUCUCCCAGUUUACUGGAUGAAGUUCAGAGCCUGCAAAAUUCAGAGUGGCUAAAUUUUUCUUUUUUUUUUUUUUUUACAGUGGUUAAAAAAAGCACUUAAUGUUUCAGUGGUUAGACAGUAACCAGUUAAUUAAAUAUUAAAUGCCAAAAUAACUGAAGUAUCUCUAAAUAGUUACUUAAAAGGUUUAUUGAAAAUUGAUCUAAAAUAUUUAUUUUCAGAUUAUUAAAAGGCAGGAAUUAAAAGAAGUAAUUUGAAGCUAUUACCAUAGCAAUCAUGACUACUUGUACUACAUUAUUAUGGAGUAAUUCUAAUCGUAAAAACUGAAGCAGCUACUUCUGUUAAAACCAAAGCAUCUUUUGUAUAAAAUAUCAUUGCAUAAAAAUACAUUAAAACAAAAAAUCCAUUCAUUUUAUACCUGUUUGGACACUGGAAAAGGAUCUUUAUUUUGAUAGUAUUUGAUGAGCUCUGGCAAUCUAUUUGCCAUUUAUUCAUUCUUCUUUGGAAAGAAAUAUCUAGGUGGACUAGAUAAAGAACUAUUUUAGCAAAGUGACAGCUUUGAUCUUACUGACAUUAUAACAGCUUAACUGUGGGACAUGAAAGUAUGUCCAUUUGUAUAUUUUAGGGCAUAAAGGACCAUAGUUUAAUCUUCCCAUUACAAUUGUCUACAGACUACUGAGACAACACAGCCAAGAACAAAGUUGCAGAGGCUUAUAAUAUAUCUGAAAACCGCUUGGAAGAAGAGGAGAAAACUAUUAAAAGGUGACUAGAAGAAUGAAGACGAUUGUGGUCUUCAGUGACCAACUGCUAGUCCUGCACUCCUUGAAGAGCAGUUAGCACACAAGGAACAUCACAGAAAUAUUUCCUCACUGAGAUGCUCUUGCUCCAUGGAUCUUUUAAACCUUUUAGCUGUCCAGAAAAUACGCUUGCCUGCCUGUAGUUCUACCAUGAACAAGCCUUGGCAAUUAAGUCUUGAGCACUGAGUGGUUAAUAACUGUUGACAACACUUAACCUCAAGGACAGUAAGCAUGCUGAAUGAGUGAAUUGUGAAAAUGUUGGAGGCAUAACACAUUCUGUACCUCUGGAAUAGGAGUCAAACAAAAAAGGUAUUAGCCAUGCAUUUCGGAGGGGUAAUACAUUGAUGGUUUUUUAUUAUGCUUGCGUUACUUUCCAUUUCAACAUCUGAAAAAGCUUCUAAUAACCAUUUAUUUAUUUAAUUCCACUGUUUGCCAUGGUCUCUGCCCUGCAGACUCCUUUCCCUUUUACUUCAAAUGGAACUCCUUUGUACGUAGCAACACACUGGUCAUUGGUAUGAAGAUCAGGUUGGAUUUGCUCCCAAAUCUUCUUCUUCGGAUUAAGCUCCUUCUCAGGAUCUCCUGUUUCAAAACAAAGAAUAACCUAAUAGCACACAACACAGAAGGCAGAGCAAGAGCCCUAUGUAUGUACACAUUUGUGACAGCCCACAUAGCAUCACUGCACACACUUUUAAGGGAAAAAAACAUUACCUGUGAUUCUCAAAAUGAAAAUUUUAAUUGGAAUUAGGGAUUGCCUAAGAAAUGUCUCCAGAGCCUCUCUCAGAAUGCUGAUCUUUCAGGGGAAAAAAAGUUGUAAGUAAUAGACCACAAACACCAUCAAAAGGAAGAAAUCAAACCAUUGCUAGUUGUUGGUUUACAAAAUUUACUAGAGACCAAAAGGACUCCUAAGAAUUAAGUAGAUGUUUGCCACAGAAAUACACUACUCGCCAAGACACAGGUUUGUCAGCAUCUUAAGUUUAGGAAUUAAUAAAUUUUUAUAAGCAAUUAAUAUUAAGUGAAUUUGGCAGGUGCCCUUACAGUUGAGAAAUAUUGAACUUAGACAAGAAUAGUCCAAAAUUAAGAUACUGACAUAUAAUUUUAGCCCCAAGAUUCAACACUGUUCCGCUACUUUUUGUACUAUUUGAUGACAAGCUCUGGUGCCUAAACUAACAGCAUCAUUAGAGGUCAGCUUGUAUUUCAGCAAUUAUGGCCUCAGUCUCUAUAAGUCUCAGUUCCCUGUUUCUGUGUGUACACCACGAUAAUCUACCUACGCCCUAGAGGUACUGACAAUCUAACUACAUUAGCAAAUCUGACUAUUGAAGGAUCUCUAAUGACCACAAAACACAGUUUUCUUCUACUAAUGCUUUGAAAUACUGUUAACAAGUUACACAGAAUAGUGAAGUAUUUCAGAGCCAUAUUUUUCCUAUUUUUAAAUAGGCAUGAAAUGCAAAGUACAGGGAAAAAACUCCAGCUAAGCUAAAUAAGGUCUCUUGCUGUAAAAAUACUGAAUAAAAUGCUGCCUGCUGACACAAUCUAGAUAAAGCAAGACAACCAAUUCACUGUACAAUUAUUUUCAGUUCAAAGGUCAAGUAAAUUUAAUCUCUUAAUUCUAAUACAAUGCAGACUCUUAAAGAAAAAAAAAGAUAUUUCAUUAAAAAAGUUAUUUAAUCAUAAUACUGUUGGGUGCUCUUGACCUCUUGUGUGUAAAACAGGCAGGACAAAAAAAACCAAACGUACAAGACUUGAUUUAAAUGUAAUUAGAGCACAUUUAAAUGCUGAAAGGGAUCCCAUGCUAUUUCAUUGUUGAUACACUGAGUAUUUUUUUCCUUGCUUGGAGUGCCAUAUUGGCACCAUUCUGCCCAAGCUAUUAAAAUAUUAAGUUCUAGAACAAGCAAGAAUCAAAACCUAAAUCCUAGUAAACACACCCUCUCUGAGAUCCUUUCAGAGGAGCCAGGAGUUCCUAAAGGAAAAUGAGGAGUUCUCCAAGUGAGCAGAAUGUCAAGUACUCUCAUCUUCCACUACUCAGUGACCCCAAAGGUUCAGGAAGAAAAACUAUAAGGCUACAGGGAUUUUAACAUAAGUGUUUCUAGUAGCUGGUUGAAAUUCAUUACUGCUUGGUGUAUUCCUGACUGGCUGACCAACAGGCAGUUAAAAUGAACUACUCUCAUUCCAGCCUACCUUACUGUUUUUCUCCUUUAAAUGUUUUCAGUGGUUCCAUCUACUCACAUUCUCGAUGCUUGCAAAAGUAAGUUACUUCUACCGGGUCUAAAUUCUGUAGCUUCUAUAUCUGUAACUGUGUAAGAGAAGCAGACCAAGCCAGAUUUCUCUGUUAAGUAGGCUAGCCUUGCCAGAGCAAGCUCAAUAAUCCAGUCGAGUUAUUUCACCACCACAGGGCACUUAAUAGUAUUACUGAUUUUUCUUUUAAAUAUUAAUACAUUAAACAUUUAGAGCUAAUCGUGCCUUUUCUACAAAAAAAAAAAAAAAUCCUGCUCAAUGCUCAAGUUCAUGAACAAAGACAGACUCAGAUUUAGACCAAAGUGAAUGCAUACAAACUAAUAAAAUCAUUAAACAGAAUGUUAAAUGAA